AUGACGAAAACUGAUAAAAAUACUGAUAAUGUUCAAUUAAGUGAUAUUGCUUCAUCAUCGCCUUCAGAAACAACAACAACAAAGUCACAAGUUCAAAGAGAUACACGGAAAUAUAUAAUAAUUUGUGUGAUUGCAAUUAUUGUAAUAAUUGCAGUGGUUGUCAUCACUGUUGCAGUUCUUCUAACAAAACAGAAAGCAAAACCCAUUAUACCAAUAGUAGAAGUUAAUGGUAAUACUACAUGGAAACAACAUGGAAUUACUGUUGCAGGUGGAAAUAAAUCAGGCAAUGAACUAAACAAACUAAAUGGUCCUCGAGGAUUCGAUCUAGACGAUGACCUUACACUUUAUAUUGCUGAUGAAAUGAAUCAUCGUGUUGUUCGAUGGAAAGUGAAUGCUUCACAAGGUGAACUUAUUGCAGGUAAAGAUGGGAAAGGAAAUAAAAGAAAUCAAUUAGAAACUCCAACCGAUGUUGCUAUCGAUAAACAAAACCAUUCUCUCAUUAUUUGUGAUGCAGGAAACAGUCGAAUAUUGAAAGUAAAUCAUCAUAAUUUGGUACAAGAACCAACAGUGAUUUUAAAUACUGACUGUUUCAGUAUAAUGAUAGAUAAUAAUGGAUAUAUAUAUAUAUCCGAGACUCUUAGUGGGGGAAUAAAACGAUGGAAAGAAGGACAAUCUGAUCCGGAGGUUAUUGCAGGUGGAAAUGGGCCUGGAAAUGAUCUCUAUCACCACAUGUUUCCUAUGUAUUUCUUUGUCGAUCAUAACAAUGAUUUAGUUUAUGUAUCAGAUGCAUACAAUCAUCGUGUGAUGAAAUGGUUAAAAAAUGCAACAAAAGGUAUCGUUGUUGCUGGUGGAUAUAAUAAUACAAAUGAUUUAGUUUACCUGUUGAACGUUACUACAGGUAUUGUCGUUGAUAAUUCGAAUAAUAUUUAUGUGGCUGAUAGAGACAACAGUCGAAUAAUGCGGUUUACUGAAGGAUCCCAAGUAGGAAAGAUUGUUGUCAGUGGAAAAAGCGUCGGAUCAAUGGUAAAUCAGCUCAAAGACCCUGAAGAUAUAUUAUUUGAUCGAGAAGGCAAUCUGUAUGUUGUCGAUUGCGGCAAUCAUCGUGUUCAAAAGUUUUUUAUUGAUAAAAGACACUAA